CAGGGGCGUGGCUAACGUUCCUAACGGCUGCGGGGGGGCGCUGGAGGCGGAGUGGGCGGGGCCUGGGCCCGGUCAUGGCGCUGAGUCCUGACCCGGGGGAAGAUGAAUAAGGGCUGGCUGGAGCUGGAGAGCGACCCCGGGCUCUUCACACUCUUAGUAGAGGAUUUUGGUGUUAAGGGGGUGCAAGUUGAAGAAAUCUAUGAUCUACAAAGCAAAUGUCAAGGGCCAGUCUAUGGGUUCAUCUUCCUUUUCAAAUGGAUUGAAGAGCGCCGCUCCCGACGGAAAGUCUCUACUCUGGUAGAUGAGACAUCAGUGAUUGAUGAUGACAUUGUCAAUAACAUGUUCUUUGCUCAUCAGUUGAUUCCCAAUUCUUGUGCCACACAUGCAUUGCUGAGUGUCCUCUUGAACUGCAGUAGUGUGGAUCUGGGGCCUACUCUGAGCCGAAUGAAGGAGUUUACCAAAGGAUUUAGUCCAGAGAGUAAAGGUUAUGCCAUUGGAAAUGCCCCAGAACUGGCCAAGGCACAUAACAGCCAUGCUAGGCCAGAGCCCAGACAUUUACCAGAAAAACAGAAUGGGAUCAGUGCUGUGCGGACAAUGGAGGCUUUUCACUUUGUCAGUUACGUUCCUAUUAAGGGACGACUUUUUGAACUGGAUGGGCUGAAGGUUUAUCCCAUUGACCAUGGGCCCUGGGCAGAGGAUGAGGAAUGGACAGAUAAAGCCAGAAGAGUUAUCAUGGAGAGGAUUGGACUGGCUACAGCAGGUGAGCCAUAUCAUGACAUCCGCUUUAACUUAAUGGCAGUGGUGCCUGACAGGAGGGUGAAAUAUGAAUCCAAGCUGCAGAUCUUGAAGAUGAACCGGCAAACUGUAUUAGAGGCUUUGCAACAGUUAAUCAGAGUGACUCAACCAGAGUUGGUCCACACACCAAAAGCUCAAGAAUCUCAGGCUUCUGAGGAGCCCAAACCAGUCAACAGCAAGACCUCUUCCGCUGCACUGGAAAUAGGGAAAGUGCAACCGGUUGCAGAGAGCUCACAGGCAGGGGCUACAGAGGAGCCUGGAGGCCAGGAUCCACCCACCUCAAACCAGAGCCCUCCCAGCAAGUUGAAGCUGGGCAGUAAGGCACAUGUGAGCAGUAUAAAUGGGACACUGUCCAACCCGAAUCCCAUUGUGCAGAGACUUCCAGCUUUUCUGGAUAAUCACAACUAUGCCAAGUCACCCAUGCAGGAGGAAGAGGAUCUUGCAGCAGGGGUAGGCCGGAGCCGGGUUCCAGUGCGGCAACACCAGCAGUACUCUGAUGAUGAGGAUGACUAUGAUGAUGAAGAGGAAGAGGAAGUGUGCAGUACCAAUACUGCCAUGAGUUACAAAAGGAAGGGCCAGGUGAAGCAUGAGCACCUGGUGGGGAGUGCAGAUGGCCAGCUCUCCAUGCUCCAGCCCAACACAAUCAGUGUCCUCACUGAGAAGCUGAAGGAGACACAGAAGGACCUCUCUAUUCCUCUGUCUAUCAAGACCAGUGGCGGAGGCAGUGCAGUUGCAGUUGUUGCCCAUUCCCAGCCAUCUCCUACCCCCAGCAACGAGAGCACAGACACUGCUUCAGAGAUUGGGAGUGCCUUCAAUUCCCCACUCCGCUCCCCCAUCCGGUCAGCCAAUCCCACUCGCCCCUCCAGUCCUGUCACCUCCCACAUCUCGAAGGUGCUAUUUGGGGAUGAGGACAGUUUGCUGCGUGUGGACUGUAUACGCUACAAUCGAGCAGUGAGAGAUUUGGGUCCAGUUAUCAGCACAGGCUUGCUGCACCUCACGGAAGAUGGUGUUUUUGGGUCACUUACAAUCACAGAUAAUGGGAAAAGCUCCCUUUCCUCUAACAAAGUGAAUGAAGAUGUUCAGUCAGUUGUUAAGCUAGAAGAGAGAGACUUGAAUGAGCCAAAUGACAGCAAGGAGAAGGCUGGAAUUGCCCGGUCUGGUGAUACCCCUGGUGGGGAAAAGUAUUCUCCUAAAGAGCUACUGGCACUGUUGAAGUGUGUAGAGGCUGAGAUUGCCAACUAUGAAGCCUGUCUAAAGGAGGAGGUGGAGAAAAGAAAGAAGUUCAAGAUUGAUGACCAGAGACGAACGCACAAUUACGAUGAAUUCAUAUGUACCUUUAUCUCCAUGCUUGCACAAGAAGGAAUGUUGGCUAGCCUUGUAGAGCAGAACAUCUCUGUACGCAGACGGCAAGGGGUCAGCAUUGGGCGCCUCCACAAACAACGGAAGCCUGACCGGCGGAAACGUUCCCGACCUUAUAAAGCCAAGCGUCAGUAGCAUCAACAUUUGGACAGUACUCUGUGCUCUGUUUGCUACUUGGAUAAUCUGGUACACAUUUCAUGCACUUCUCUACCAACUGGGCAGUGCUCAGGUGGGGGGCUUUGCACUAAAAUUCUGUUCAAAUAAUCAGUAUUAGUGUAAUGUUACACAUGAACCCACCUACGUUCAGCUGGGUUUUAGAUGUUGCCCAUUCUGGUGUAAUUUUUUCCUCAAAGGGGAUGCCGGCAGCACAAUCACCAGAAUCACUGGAAUGGACUACUGGGUAGGCUUUUGAAUCUGCUGCUCUGACUCCUUGAUCGAUCUGUAUGUCUUGCAGUAGGCACUGGCAUUCUUCCAGGGCUCUGUCUGAAGGUUCUUUAGAAGGGAAGGAACCAAAUCACUGUUAUCCUCUAGGAGAACAUUGCAGUUGGAGUUGGGGCAGUGUUCAGUUUUCCCAAAGAGUAAGAGGUAACUAUGGAGGGAUACAGACUGCCCAUUGGCGCACUCGCAACGUCACCUGGGUGCUGCGAUGUGUGGACGCUAGGCGUCCGUUACGUCAAAAUGGCGGCGCCCAUGUGAACAAGGUGCUGCCAUUUUGUACAUGCGUAAAAGAGACGUCCCCAGGCAACCCUAGUACGUACAGCGUACGUACUUGGGUGCCCGUCUGUUCAGGGCCAAAGUAAUGUUCCUGACCACUGCUUUUGGCUGUGCAGUCCACAAGAGUAUAGAGCCAUAUCUGUUUUCUGUAUUUUUCCCCUGAGCCAUAUUAUCACUGUAAAUAGGAUUACAGGUGGCCAUCAAUCUUACUUUGGAUACCUUUUAUUGUCUAGGUUUGAGGGGAUGCUAUCCAUUUCUGAGAGUUUUCUUUGCAGCUGUUCCUCAGAGUCACUAUCAGUAUGACUAACUUUUCCUAGUGAUUUCUUUAAUUUGUUGCAGGAGUAGAGAGGACUUUCCAUUGUGGACUGUGUCUGUACUGCAUAAGGCCUUGUGGUGUGAGUGCUGCUCACAAUUUGUAGUACACCUUGUAUUGUACCUUGCAGUUGAAGUACUGCCUUCUGGUGUUUUAUAUGUGUGGAAGCCCUCUGCACAAAAUGACCAGAAUUAUGAAAUUGUUUGAGAUAAUUUUUCAGAUAUUAUUUUGGGGCAAAUAAGCUCUAGCCUCAGGUUUUCUUGAGGAAGCUGUUUGCUUUUGCUUAACCUGCUGAACAAAGCCUCCUUUUAUGAAGGUGAACAAAUCUGAGACAAACAGAAAUGGCUGUGAGGUCCAGUGAAAAUACUAGGAGUAAACUGAGUUGGCUUGCAUUUAACCACAGUUGUACUGUAUUGAUCUGUUAAACCAAAAUAAAUAUGUAUAAGGAUAGAGAGUUAUGUUAGUGGAAAGGAAUCAUGGCAUUGUUCUUUGUCUUUUGUGAUUCCUUCUUUUAUGUGUUUCAGGACAAAUGUGGGAGGAAGAUAUGGCAAGGUACUCCCAUCUUGCUGUUAGUAAAUGUGAAUGGCCCUUCUGUUUUGCAUACCUUUGAAGUACUAAGUUGUGUGAUGCUGGCACCAAGGACUACUAGGCUGAUAAUUCCAUGAAUUGGUUUUGCUUUGAAAUCUCAUUUUUCUUUUUCUUGGAGUAGAAUAUGUGGCUUGUUAGACAGGUCAGGAUACAGGAGCAAGAGCAAAGGAUGGUAAACAUGUCUUUACCAUCAGAUGAUGUCUUCAGGUUGAGAUAGCUGGGUCAUUGCUUUAGAAAUGGGUGAUGUCUGUGCCACACAUCUGUAGCAUGCUCUUUGGCUAACACUGAUUCAGGGUCCCCCAAAUUCUACCACCCCUCCUCCUCAGAGGUAGCCUUUUGCUGCCAUGAGAUCUGGUUUGCCUAAGGGGCACUUCUCUAGCUACUACAGCUCUCUUGUGCAAGCCUUGCCUAUCUCUCUUUGUGUAGAUUAGUUUAUUUUUAUGUCCUAUGAAAAGGAAUGCUGUGAUGUAUACAGCAGCAUUCGUCAGUAUGUUACAAUUGGGAGGAAAAACUCAGCAAGUCACAACUGCUCGUUUGCUAUAGAUCAGGGUUAGGGAAAGCGUGGCCAUCUGGUGUUUUUGGACUGCAGCUCUCUAUACCUGGGGAGAGUCCAUUAACAAGACAGGACAUAUUUUCAUCACCCUUGCUCUAGAUUAUGCUAUCCAGAGGCCACAGCAAUCAUUGUUUCUGGAAGAUUUCCUUUCUCUCCCCUUUUGUAUUCACCAGGAAAUAUUUAGAGGAAUUCAAAGGAUGACCACAGACUGCAGCGUGUAAAGGCAGUGCCCUCUGAGGAGAGGGUUGUGUAGCUGGAAGCAGUACUACAUUGACUUACUCUGCAAAUAUGUACAGAUGCGGACUGUAAAAUUAAUCUUUUUUUUAUAUGUUGACAGAAUAAUCUGCCUUUUGUUUUGUCAAUUUCAAGUGCUGUAAAUAACAGUUCAGUUUUAAAAAAUAAAAUGUAUAUCUCUUGCCUCUGAA